CAUACAACUGUACUGAUGGCGGUACAAUGAACGAAAACUGUACAUUGUGCUCAUGUCCCGGGAACGUAACAUUUAUUGUAAGAACACCCGAAGGGGUUCCUAUACAAGGAGUCAACGCCCAUCCUGUAAAUGUUGCCUAUCUGACGUUGGGUGUUACUGAUGCUAAUGGUAUGCUUUCGACAAGUAUGAUUUGUCCAAGUGAACCGAUUGUGUUCACAAAACAUGGAUUUGCUGACGCCUUUGAUAAUGUUGGUUCAGAUACUCUGAAGAAUAUAACGAUGCACAAAUUAGGUAAACUUUUUAUAUUGGCUGAGCCUAAUGACAGAUCAAGACUCGUCGGGGAAUCAGUGACAUUUGUU